AUGGGCAAUAACGCACCAAUUAUUAGAAAUCUUCAUGAGUUAACUCAGAAUUCUGAAAUUCAAAGAUACGAUGCCACAAGUGUAAUCAAGGAUGACGUUUUAUAUGUUCUUGGAGGAAAUCAUAAUGGAAAAUCCAUACCGGAAAUAUUAUCCAUCGAUCUUACCACUUCAUUUACUAUUGAUUCGCCGCCAUGGUCACAGUCACUGAAAGCUCCACCUUUGGCAUUUGCAUCAAGCGGAGUAGUAUUUGGCGAACACGAUAUUCAACAUAAUGAUUGGAGAAGAAUAGCAAUGGCAAGUGCGCCAGAGUUAAAUCAAAGAGGUCAUUUUAAAAUUUUAAGUUAUAAUAAUGGAAAAACCUAUCUUCAUGGUGGGUUUUUUAAUAAUACGUUUUUAGGUGAUACAUAUUUAUUUGACACCUUUUUAUUCAACUGGACUAAGUUACCAGCACCGCAAACACCAAUAAUUGCGGAUGACUAUUCCUCUGUACUAUUGAAAGAUGGACGAAUGAUAAUCAUUGGAGGAUUUGGAGCUCCGGUGGACAAGGUUUUUGUACACACUAUUAGCCAGAUCGAAAUAUUUGAUACAAUUGAUAAUAUUUGGGAUAAAAAAAUUGUACCGCAACAAAACGAAAUGACCGAUCACCGUAGAUAUCAUACAUCUACACUUAACCCUAGUGUUGUAAUAUUAGAAACAUCAACAAGACCAUUCCAAUGGAAAAUUCCAGUCAUUUCGGGAUUAAAAACUCCACUGCUUUAUCUACAUUGUGCUGAACUUGUAGAAAAUAGAUAUAUAUUCAUCAUGUUUGGAAUAACAACCAGUGAAAUUGUUAGCAAUGAGCUAUACAUACUAGAUACAGAAAAUUAUUCAUGGAUUAAAAGUUUCAAACCGAAAUUGUCUGCAUCACCACCAUCACUAUCACCACAAUCAUCGAACAUUUCUCCAUCAUCGACCACAAUAAUAAUCGUUUUAUCUUCGAGUCGAACUAACGAUGCUAAUGGAGAAAAUUCAAAUGUAAUGAUGUACCCAAAUUAA